AUGGUUACCCUAGAAGUGAAUAUCCAUAUCCUACUCGUCACCUUCCCAGCACAAGGCCAUGUUAAGCCAGCAAUCCGAUUUGCUCGCCGCCUCACCGCCUCCAACGCCAGCCUUCUCGUGAGCUUAGCCACCAACGAGGCCAUCGGCCAGCAGAUGCGCGAUUCAGGUGCCACUGGCUCUGAUGAGCACAUCAACUUCGAGACCUUCUCCGAUGGCCUCAGUGUCGAUGGCAAUCAGCACGACGUUGACAAGUUCAUGGCCCAACUCAACCGUGCUGGUCCAGAAGGGCUAGCAACCCUGAUCAAUGACCUCCAGGUCCGGGGCCGGCCGGUGCACUGUAUUGUGAGCAACCCAUUUGUACCGUGGGUCGUCGAUGUGGCUGAGGGCUUUGGCAUCCCAUGCGCGAUGCUCUGGGUCCAGUCUUGUGCUGUCUAUGCCAUCUAUUACCAAAGCCUCUACAGGCUUGGCGAGUUCCCGACCCCGGAGAGACCGAACAUAGACGUCAGCCUUCCGGGGCUUCCUGUGCUGAAAACGAAUGAGCUCCCGAGCUUCCUCGUGCCCUUUGCGCCCUACCAGUGCUUGGCAGAUGCGAUAUUGGGCCACAUCAAGAAAAUCAAGAAGGUGAAGUGGGUGCUAGCGAACUCGUUCCAUGCACUCGAGACUGAAGCCAUACAGUCAGUGUCGGAGCUCACACCGAUCAUGACUAUAGGCCCGCUUGUGCCCUUGGGGCUGCUCGAAAGAUCCACAGCCUCCGAGGUACGGGGGGAUCUGUGGAAGUCCGAGGAUGACUGCCUGGAUUGGCUAAACACUCAGCCCAAAGAAUCAGUAAUCUAUGUUUCCUUUGGGAGCAUUGUUAGCCUAUCGCCAAAGCAAAUUGAGGAGUUAGCGUGGGGGCUCGCGAGCAGCGGACGGCCCUUCCUCUGGGUGGCAAAGCCGGUUGACAGCACCUCCGAGUUCCUGCUUCCCACCGGAUUCUUGGAUGCAGCAGCCGGACGAGGCAAAAUCGUUAAAUGGUGCCCGCAGGUGGAGGUGCUGACCCACCCUUCGGUUGCCUGCUUCGUAACACACUGCGGAUGGAACUCGACUCUCGAGACCAUCGCAGCCGGCACCCCCAUCCUAGCAUUUUCUCACUGGGGCGACCAAGUCACGAAUGCAAAGUUCUUGGUCGAUGUCUACAGCGUUGGGGUCCGGCUCGAGCGCGACGCAGAGGGAGUGGUCCGAAGAGAGGAGGUUUGUAGAUGCAUAAAGGAGAUAAGGGAGGGGCAGAGGGCAUCGAAGAUCAGAGAGAAUGCCAUGAAAUUGAAAGAGGCCGCAAGAGAGGCGUUAGAAGAGGGGGGCUCCUCUGAUAAGAACCUGAGGGUCUUUGUGGAGGACCUCAUAUCCUUGGCUCGUGAGGAGGAGGCGAUCCGGGUUCGCUUGCCCAAUGACCAAUCACCUGACGAUUGA